AUGGCGAUCGGCCUGCUAACCACCCGAAUAAUCUCGUUUAACGAACAAGACAACGAAGAGCUGUUAGCACUCAACCUCGACCUUUUAGAUGAACAAAGGGAACAUGCUCGGCUUCGGACAAUCAUCUGUCAACAGCAGCUUUUUAUGGCAAUCAGAUUCUCCCCAAAACUCCGGAAGAAUCUCAGAUGUUUCAAUUCCUCUUCUUCAAUUGCUUUCAUGGGGAAACCUGAACGGUCCGUUCUGAAGCCACCAACGUCUCCUAUCGACGAUUUGAACUUUGACAAUGGAGAACAGCUAUUCUCUUCGGUCAUGCGGUCGAGGCUAAUGGAAAACAAGUACUUUCGAGGCAUGUUAAUGGGGAUUAUAAAGAGAUCGAUCUAUGAACAUUUCUGCGCUGGUGAGGAUUUAGAAGAGGCGAGCCGGACGCUUCAGAGGCUUUGGGACAACGGGUUGCGUGGGAUUUUGGAUUAUGGGUUGGAAGAUGCGACAGAUAACGAAGGUUGCGAUCGGAAUUUAGAGGAGUUCUUGAAGACCGUUGAGACGACGUCGUUGCUUCCGCCAUCUUCGGUGAGAUUUGCGUGCGUGAAGAUCACCGCAAUCUGCCCAAUUUCAUUACUGGAACGGAUUAGUGAUUUGCUGAGAUGGGAACGUACGGACCCUUCAUUCCAUCUUCCAUGGAAGAUUGAAUCAUUGCCAUUCCUCAGCAAUUCCAGCCCUCUUUACCACACAACAUCUAAGCCAGAACCUCUAACUGAAAAAGAAGAAGAAGAUCUCAAACUAGCCCAACAACGGCUUUCGAAACUAUGUGAGAAAUGCCACCAAACCAACCUUCCAUUACUUGUCGAUGCUGAAUACACUUUGGUGCAACCCGCCAUUGAUUACUUCACAUACUCAGCCGCAAUCCGCUUCAAUGAAGAUGAAAAUACCAUUGUUUAUGGGACGAUUUAG